AAAAAUAUUAUGUUACGAAGUCGAAGAAAAAAACCUUUUAGUCAAAAGGAACAAAUUCAAAUGAUCACUGCUAAAACUAAAACAUAUACGAAAACACACCAAGAGUAUUAUUUACUCGCAUCAUAUACAGUGUUUAAAGUUACGGAUCAAAAUUUUUUGAUAUACAAACCUACAAAAAAAGAAGAAAAUAUUAGGUACAUUGUAAGCUAUGAAGAUUUAUUUGACAGAAUUAAAAGCUUUCAUAUAAAUACUGGGCAUGGUGGAAAUAUCAAAGUUCGUAUGGCAAUAUAAAAAGAGUACAUUCCGAGACCAGCAAUCGAAAUUUUUUUAACAGUAUGUCAAACUUGUAGUUGUAAAAAGUCAAUGAACCACAAACUAGUUAUUAAAUCCAUUACGUCAAAUGAUUUUAACGAAAGAGGACAAGUGGACCUAAUUGAUUUUCAGUCUGUUCCAGAUGGAAAGUAUAAAUGGAUACUUAACUAUCAAGAUCAUAAUACAAAGUUUAUAUCCCUCCGUCUUAUGGAAAGCAAAAGAGCUAUAAAAGUCGGUACUCAAUUGCUUAGUAUUUUUCUAACAUUUGGAGCGCCAAGUAUUUUACGAAGUGAUAAUGGCCGAGAGUUUGUAAACUGUGUACUUGAUGAAUUAAAACAACUUUAGCUGGAGUGUGUUAUUGUGCAUGGACGUUCAAGGCAUCCUUAGAGUCAAGGGAGUAUUGAGCGGGCCAAUCAAGAUGUUGAACAUACGUAUGUUAAGAGCAUGGAUGUAAGAUAAUCUGUCCCAGAGAUGGUCGACCGGUCUUCAAUUUGUUCAGUGGCCAAAAAAAAUUGUUCAUUUCACCGUACUAUUGGUAGAAGCCCAUAUAACGCGUUAUUUGGAAAUGACCCAAAAGUUAGAUUGACAAGUUCAAGGCUUCCAAAUAAUUUUGUUAAAACUAUUACGACUGAAGAAGAAAUUGAAGAAAUUGAAAAGAUUGUACAAUGCUCAAUAGUUAUCAUAUAUGUAAGAUUAAAACAAAUGAAGCUGGAUCUAUUAUGUGUACCUAACCUAUGUAGAAAAAAAGAACAGAUUAAAAUGCAACGAAAAAAAAGGCUCU